GCUGACCCUGCAGCUGCGACUGUGACCUUGAGGACGUGGGGUCAGGAUGGCUCUGAGCCAACACCUCUCCCUCCAGAGACUCUGUGUCCUCCUCCUCGGCACCGUGGUUGGUGGUCAAGCUCUGGAGCUGAGGCUGAAGGAUGGAGCCCACUGCUGUGAGGGGAGAGUGGAAGUGAAGCACCACGGAGAAUGGGGCACAAUGGAUAAUGACAACUGGAGCAUAGGGGAUGCAUCUGUAAUGUGCAGACAGCUGGGGUGUGGAGCUGCAAUUGGUUUUCUUGGAGGGGCUUAUUUUGGACCAGGACUUGGCCCCAUUUCUUUGUAUAUUUCAUGUAAAGGGAUAGAGUCAACUGUCAGUGACUGUAGGCAUUCUAAUAUUAAAGACCACUGUAAUGAUAGCUAUACCCAUGACUGGGAUGCUAGAGUAGUCUGCUCAGGAUUUGUGCGUCUGGCUGGAGGGGAUGGACCCUGCUCAGGGAGAGUAGAAGUGCAUUCUGGAGAAGCCUGGGCCCCAAUGUCUGAUGGGAACUUCACAUUCCCCACUGCCCAGGUCAUCUGUGCAGAGCUGGAGUGUGGCAAGGCUGUGUCUGUCCUGGGGCAUGUGCCGUUCAGAGAGUCCAGUGCUUGGGUCUGGGCUGAAGAGUUCAGGUGUGAGGGGCAGGAGCCUGAGCUCUGGGUCUGCCCCAGAGUGCCCUGUCCAGGGGGCACGUGUCACCACAAUGGAGCUGCUCAGGUUGUCUGUUCAGCAUACUCAGAAGUCCGGCUCAUGACAAACGGCUCCUCUCAGUGUGAGGGGCAGGUGGAGAUGAACAUUUCUGGAUGAUGGAGAGCGCUCUGUGCCUCCCACUGGAGUCUGGCCAAUGCCAGUGUUGUCUGUCGUCAGCUUGGCUGUGGAGUCGCUAUCUCCACUCCCAGAGGACCACACUUUGUGGAAGGAGGUAAUCAGAUCUCAACAGUCUGAUUUCACUGCUCAGGGGCUGAGUCCUUCCUGUGGAGUUGUCCUGUGACUGCCCUGGGUGGUCCUGACUGUUCCCAUGGCAACACGGCCUCUGUGAUCUGCUCAGGAAAUCACACUCAGGUGCUGCCACAAUGCAAAGACUCCAUAUCUGAACCAGCAGGCUCUACGGCCUCAGAGGAGAGCGCCCCCUACUGCUCAGACAGCAGACAGCUCCGCCUGGUGGACGGGGGCGGUCCCUGCGCCGGGAGAGUGAAGAUCCUGGACCAGGACUCCUGGGGCACCAUCUGCGAUGACAGCUGGGACCUGGACGAUGCCCGCGUGAUGUGCAGGCAGCUGGGCUGUGGAGAAGCCCUCAAUGCCAUGGGAUCUGCUCACUUCGGGGUUGGAUCAGGGCCCAUCUGGCUGGACGACCUGAAUUGCACAGGAAAGGAGUCCCACGUGUGGAGGUUCCCUUCCCGGGACUGGGGAUGGCACAACUGCAGACACAAGCAGGACGCGGGGGUCUUGUUAUCUAAGUUCCUGUCCCUCAGGAUGCUGAGUGAAGACCAGCAGUGUGCUGGGUGGCUGGAAGUUUUCUACACUUCCAACAGUGUCUGCCACAGCCCCAUGGAACACAUCACUGUGUCUGUGAUCUGCAGACAGCUUGGCUGUGGGGACAGUGGAACCCUCAACUCUUCUGUUGGUCUCAGGGAAGGUUCCAGACCCCGGUGGGUAGAUGGAAUCUGCUGUCGGAAAACUGACACCUCUCUCUGGCAGUGUCCUUCUGACCCUUAGAAUUACACUUCAUGGUCUCCAAAGGAGGAAGCCUAUAUCUCGUGUGCAGAUUCACAAAAACUGAGGCUGAAGGAUGGAGCCCACCGCUGUGAGGGGAGAGUAGAAGCGAAGUACAAAGGAGAAUGGGGCACAGUGUAUACUGAGUACUGGCCCACAAUAUCUGCAGAAGUGGUGUGCAGACACCUGGAAUGUGGAGUUGCCAUUGGUGCUCCCAGAGGGUCUUAUUUUGGGCCAAGAGUUGGCCCCAUUUGGUUUUUGUAUGAUUCCUGUGAGAGUGGAGACGUUGAAUCAAGUUUGAAGCUCAAUAUGUGUGCUUAUAUGGAUUUUAAAAACUAUAAUGACACCUACUCUCAUGACCAGGAUGUUGGAGCAGUCUGCUCAGGAUCUGUGCGUCUGAUUGGAGGGGAUAGACCCUGCUCAGGGAAUGUAGAAGUACUUUCUGGAAAAGCCUGGAUCCCAGUGUCUGAUGGGAAUUUCACACUCCCCACUGCCCAGGUCAUCUGUGCACAGCUGGGAUGUGGCAAGGCUGUGUCUGUCCUGAAACACAUGCCCUUCAGAAAGUCUGAGGGCCAGGUCUGGGCUGAAGAGUUCAGGUGUGAGGGGGAGGAGCCUGAGCUCCAGGUCUGCCCCAGAGUGCCCUGUCCAGGGGGCAGGUGUCACCACAGUGGAGCUGCUCAGGUUGUCUGUUCAGCGUACUCAGAAGUCCGGCUCAUGACAAACGGCUCCUCUCAGUGUGAGGGGCAGGUGGAGAUGAACAUUUCUGGACGAUGGAGAGCACUCUGUGCCUCCCACUGGAGUUUGGCCAAUGCCAAUGUUGUCUGUCAUCAGCUCGGCUGUGGAGUUGCCAUCUCCACCCCCAAAGGACCACACUUGGUGGGCAGAGAUGACCAGAUCUCAACAGCCCGAUUUCACUGUUUGGGGGCUGAGUCUUUCCUGUGGAGUUGCCCUGUGACUGCCCUGGGUGGUUCUGACUGUUCCCAUGGCAACAUGGCCUCUGUGAUCUGCUCAGGAAACCAGACCCAGGUGCUGCCCCAGUGCAGCGACUCCUUCUCAGAACCAACAGGCUCUGCAGCCUCAGAGGAGAGCGCCCCCUACUGCUCAGACAGCAGACAGCUCCGCCUGGUGGACGGGGGCGGUCCCUGCGCCGGGAGAGUGGAGAUCCUUGAGCAGGGCUCCUGGGGCACCAUCUGUGAUGAUGGCUGGGACCUGGACGAUGCCCGCGUGGUGUGCAGGCAGCUGGGCUGUGGAGACGCCCUCAAAGCCACGAGGUCUGCUCACUUCGGGGCGGGAUCAGGGCCCAUCUGGCUGGACGACCUGAACUGCACAGGAAAGGAGUCCCACGUGUGGAGGUGCCCUUCCCGGGGCUGGGGGCGGCACGACUGCAGACACAAGCAGGACGCGGGGGUCAUCUGCUCAGAGUUCCUGGCUCUCAGGAUGGUGAGCGAGGACCAGCAGUGUGCUGGGUGGCUGGAAGUUUUCUACAACGGGACCUGGGGCAGUGUCUGCCGCAGCCCCAUGGAAGACAUCACCGUGUCCAUGAUUUGCAGACAGCUUGGCUGUGGGGACAGUGGAAGUCUCAACUCGUUAGUUGCUCUUAGAGAAGGUUCUAGACCCCGGUGGGUAGAUGGAAUCCAGUGUCGGAACACUGAUACCUCUCUCUGGCAGUGUCCUUCUGACCCUUGGAAUUACAACUCCUGCUCUCCCGAGGAGGAAGCCUACAUCUCGUGUGCAGGUGACUUACUGUCUGACAGAAGACCCUUCUCAUCCCCCUUGUCAAUGCCCCAUUGUCCCAUUUCUCUCUCCUCAGACAGCAAACAGCUCCGCCUGGUGGACGGGGGCGGUCCCUGCGCCGGGAGAGUGGAGAUCCUUGACCAGGGCUCCUGGGGCACCAUCUGUGAUAACGGCUGGGACUUGGACGAUGCCCACGUGGUAUGCAGGCAUCUGGGCUGUGGAGAUGCCCUCAAUGCAAUGGGAUCUGCUCACUUCGGGGCAGGAUCAGGGCCCAUCUGGCUGGACACAUUGGACUGCACAGGAAAGGAAUCCCACGUGUGGAAGUGCCCUUUCAAGGGCUGGGGACUGCACAACUGCAGUCAUGAGGAGGAUGCAGGAGUCGUCUGCUCAGGAUUUGUGCGUCUGGUUGGAGACAAUGGACCCUGCUCAGGAAGAGUAGAAGUGCAUUCUGGAGAAGACUGGAUCUCAGUGUCUGAUGGGAACUUCACACUCCCCACUGCCCAGGUCAUCUGCGCAGAGCUGGAUUGUGGCGAGGCUGUGUCUGUCCUGGGACACGAGCUCUUCAGAGAGUCAGAUGGCCGGAUCUGGGCUGAAGAGUUUAGGUGUGAGGGGGCGGAACCUAAGCUCCAGUUCUGCCCCAGAGUGCCCUGUCCAGGGGGCACGUGUCACCACAGUGGAGCUGCUCAGGUUGUCUGUUCAGUGUACUCAGAAGUCAGGCUCAUGACAAAUGGCUCCUCUCAGUGUGAGGGGCAGGUGGAGAUGAACAUUUCUGGACGAUGGAGAGCGCCCUGUGCCUCCCACUGGACUCUGGCCAAUGCCAAUGUUGUCUGUCGUCAGCUCAGCUGUGGAGUCGCCAUCUCCACCCCUGGAGGACCACACUUGGUGGAAGGAGGUGACCAGAUCUCAACAGUCCGAUUUCACUGCUCAGGGGCGGAGUCCUUCCUGUGGAGUUGCCCUGUGACCGCCUUGGGUGGGCCUGACUGUUCCCAUGGCAACACAGCCUAUGUGAUCUGCUCAGGAAACCAGACCCAGGUGCUGCCCCAGUGCAACGACUCCAUGUCUGAAACAGCAGGCUCUGCGGCCUCAGAGGAGAGCGCCCCCUAUUGCUCAGACAGCAGACAGCUCCGCCUGGUGGAUGGGGGCGGUCCCUGCGCCGGGAGAGUGGAGAUCCUUGACCAGGGCUCCUGGGGCACCAUCUGUGAUGACGGCUGGGACCUGGACGAUGCCCGCGUGGUGUGCAGGCAGCUGGGCUGUGGAGAAGCCCUCAAUGCCACAGGGUCUGCUCACUUUGGGGAAGGGCCAGGGCCCAUCUGGCUGGACAACCUGAACUGCACAGGAAAAGAGUCCCACGUGUGGAAGUGCCCUUCCCAGGGCUGGGGGCGGCAUGACUGCAGACACAAGGAGGACGCGGGGGUCGUCUGCUCAGAGUUCCUGGCCCUCAGAAUGGUCAGCGAGGACGAGCAGUGUGCUGGGUGGCUGGAAGUUUUCUACAACGGGACCUGGGGCAGUGUCUGCCGCAGCCCCAUGGAAGACAUCACCGUGUCCAUGAUCUGCAGACAGCUUGGCUGUGGGGACAGCGGAAGUCUCAACUUUUCUGUUGCUCUUAGGGAAGGUUCUAGACCCCACUGGGUAGAUGGAAUCAAGUGCCGGAGAGCUGACACCUCUCUCUGGCAGUGUCCUUCUGACCCUUGGAAUUACAACUCCUGCUCUCCCAAGGAGGAAGCCUACAUCUUGUGUGCAGGAGGGAGACUCAAGAGCUGUCCAGCUGCUGCCCCCUGCACAGACAGAGAGAAGCUCCGGCUCAGAGGAGGAGACCACGAGUGCUCAGGGCGGGUGGAGGUCUGGCACAGCGGCUCCUGGGGCACCGUGUGCGAUGACUCCUGGAGCCUGGCAGAGGCCGAGGUGGUGUGUCAGCAGCUGGGCUGUGGCCCGGCCCUGGAAGCCGUGCGGGCCGCGGCGUUUGGCCCUGGAAGUGGGAGCAUCUGGCUGGACGAGGUGCGGUGCGGGGGCCGGGAGUCCUCCCUGUGGGACUGUGCUGCGGAUCCCUGGGGGCAGAGUGACUGCAAGCACGAGGAGGAUGCUGGUGUGAGGUGCUCUGGAUUUACCCGUCUAGCUGAAGGAGAAGGACCCUGCUCAGGGCGAGUAGAAGUGCAUUCUGGAGAAGCCUGGACCCCAGUGUCUGAUGGGAACUUCACACUCCCCACUGCCCAGGUCAUCUGUGCAGAGCUGGGAUGUGGGAAGGCUGUGUCUGUCCUGGGACACGUGCCCUUCAGAGAGUCAGAUGGCCGGGUCUGGGCUGAAGAGUUCAGGUGUGAGGGGGAGGAGCCUGAGCUCUGGUUCUGCCCCAGAGUGCCCUGUCCAGGGGGCACUUGUCAACACAGUGGAGCUGUUCAGCUUGUCUGUUCAGUGUAUACAGAAGUCCGGCUCAUGACAAACGGCUCCUCUCAGUGUGAGGGGCAGGUGGAGAUGAACAUUUCUGGGCGAUGGAGAGCGCUCUGUGCCUCCCACUGGAGUCUGGCCAAUGCCAAUGUUGUCUGUCGUCAGCUCGGCUGUGGAGUCGCUAUCUCUACCCCCAGAGGACCACACUAUAUGGAAGCAGGUGAUCAGAUCUCAACAGUCCGAUUUCACUGCUUGGGGGCUGAGUCCUUCCUAUGGAGUUGUCCUAUGACUGUCCUGGGUGGUCCUGACUGUUCCCAUGGCAACACGGCCUCUGCGAUCUGCUCAGGAAACCAGACCCAGGUGCUGCCGAGGUGCAACGACUCCGUGUCUGAACCAGCAGGCCCUACGUCCUCAGAGAAGAGCGCCCCUUACUCCUCAGACAGCAGACAGCUCCGCCUGGUGGACGGGGGCGGUCCCUGCGCCGGGAGAGUGGAGAUCCUUGACCAGGGCUCCUGGGGCACCAUCUGUGAUGACGGCUGGGACCUGGACGAUGCCCGCGUGGUGUGCAGGCAGCUGGGCUGUGGAGAAGCCCUCAAUGCCACGCGGUCUGCUCACUUCGGGGCAGGAUCAGGGCCCAUCUGGCUGGACGACCUGAACUGCACAGGAAAUGAGUCUCACGUGUGGAGGUGCCCUUCCCGGGGCUGGGGGAGUCACGCCUGCAGACACAAGGAGGACGCGGGGGUCAUCUGCUCAGAGUUCCUGGCUCUCAGGAUGGUGAGUGAGGACCAGCACUGUGCUGGGUGGCUGGAAGUUUUCUACAACGGAACCUGGGGCAGUGUCUGCCAAAGCCCCAUGGAAGACAUCACUGUGUCCAUCAUCUGCAGUCAGCUUGGCUGUGGGGACAGCGGAAGUCUCAACUCUUCUGUUGCUCUUAGAGAAGGUUCUAGACCCCGGUGGGUAGAUGGAAUCCGGUGUCGGAAUACGGAUACCUCUCUCUGGCAGUGUCCUUCUGACCCUUGGAAUUGCAGUUCAUGCUCUCCAAAGGAGGAAGCCUACAUCUCAUGUGCAGGCAGCAAACAGCUCCGCCUGGUGGACGGGGGCAGUCCCUGCGCGGGGAGAGUGGAGAUCCUUGACCAGGGCUCCUGGGGCACCAUCUGUGAUGACGGCUGGGACCUGGACGAUGCUCGCGUGGUGUGCAGGCAGCUGGGCUGUGGAGGAGCCCUCGAUGCCUUGAAAUUUGCUCAGUUAGGUCAGGGAUCAGGGCCCAUCUGGCUGGAUGAAGUGAACUGCGAAGGAAAGGAGUCCCACGUGUGGAGGUGCCCUUCCCGGGGCUGGGGGCGGCACGACUGUGGGCAUGCAGAGGAUGCUGGGGUCGUCUGCUCAGGAUUUGUGCGUCUGGCUGGAGGAGAAGGACCCUGCUCAGGGCGAGUAGAAGUGCAUUCUGGAGAAGACUGGACCCCAGUGUCUGAUGGGAACUUCACACUCCCCACUGCCCAGGUCAUCUGUGCAGAGCUGGGGUGCGGGAAGGCUGUGUCUGUGCUGGGACACGUGCCCUUCAGAGAGUCCGAUGGCCGGGUCUGGGCUGAAGAGUUCAGGUGUGAGGGGGAGGAGCCUGAGCUCCGGGUCUGCCCCAGAGUGCCCUGUCCAGGGGGCACGUGUCACCACAGUGGAGCUGCUCAGGUUGUCUGUUCAGUGUAUGCAGAAGUCCGGCUCAUGACAAAUGGCUCCUCUCAGUGUGAGGGGCAGGUAGAGAUGAACAUUUCUGGACGAUGGAGAGCGCUCUGUGCCUCCCACUGGAGUCUGGCCAACGCCAAUGUUGUCUGUCGUCAGCUCGGCUGUGGAGUCGCCAUCUCCACCCCUAGAGGACCACAUUUUGUAGAAGGAGGUGAUCAGAUCUCAACAGUCCGAUUUCACUGCUCAGGGGUAGAGUCCUUCCUGUGGAGUUGUCCUGUGGCUGCCCUGGGUGGUCUUGACUGUUCCCAUGGCAACACGGCCUAUGUGAUCUGCUCAGGAAACCAGACCCAGAUGCUGCCCCAUUGCAAUGACUCCCUGUCAGAAUCAGCAGGCUCUGCAGCCUCAGAGGAGAGCGCCCCCUACUGCUCAGAGUUCCUGGCCCUUAGGAUGGUCAGCAAGGACCAGCAGUGUGCUGGUUGGCUGGAAGUUUUCUACAACGGGACCUGGGGCAGUGUCUGCCGCAGCCCCAUGGAAGACAUCACCGUGUCCAUGAUCUGCAGACAGCUUAGCUGUGGGGACAGCGGAAGUCUCAACUCUUCUGUUGCUCUUAGGGAAGGUUCUAGACCCCACUGGGUAGAUGGAAUCAAGUGCCGGAGAGCUGAUACCUCUCUCUGGCAGUGUCCUUCUGACCCUUGGAAUUACAACUCCUGCUCUCCCAAGGAGGAAGCCUAUGUCUCUUGUGCAGACAGAGAGAAGCUCCGGCUCAGGGGAGGAGACAGCGAGUGCUCAGGGCGGGUGGAGGUCUGGCACAGCGGCUCCUGGGGCACCGUGUGCGAUGACUCCUGGAGCCUGGCAGAGGCCGAGGUGGUGUGUCAGCAGCUGGGCUGUGGCCCGGCCCUGGAAGCCGUGCGGGCCGCGGCGUUUGGCCCUGGAAGCGGGAGCAUCUGGCUGGACGAGGUGCGGUGCGGGGGCCGAGAGUCCUCCCUGUGGGACUGUGCUGCGGAUCCCUGGGGGCAGAGUGACUGCAAGCACGAGGAGGAUGCUGGUGUGAGGUGCUCUGGAUUUGUGCGUCUGGCUGGAGGAGAAGGACCCUGCUCAGGGCGAGUGGAAGUUCAUUCUGGAGAAGACUGGACCCCAGUGUCUGAUGGGAACUUCACACUCCCCACUGCCCAGGUCAUCUGUGCAGAACGGGGAUGUGGCAAGGUUGUGUCUGUCCUGGGACACGUGCCCUUCAGAGAGUCAGAGGGCCGGGUCUGGGCUGAAGAGUUCAGGUGUGAGGGGGAGGAGCCUGAGCUCUGGUCCUGCCCCAGAGUGCCCUGUCCAGGGGGCACUUGUCAACACAGUGGAGCUGUUCAGGUUGUCUGUUCAGUGUACACAGAAGUCCGACUCAUGAAAAAUGGCUCCUCUCAGUGUGAGGGGCAGGUGGAGAUGAACUUUUCUGGACGAUGGAGGGCGCUCUGUGCCUCCCACUGGAGUCUGGCCAAUGCCAAUGUUGUCUGUCGUCAGCUCGGCUGUGGAGUCGCCAUCUCCACCCCUAGAGGGCCACGCUGUGUGGAAGGAAGUGAGCAGAUCUCAACAGUCCGUUUUCACUGUUCUGGGGUGGAGUUCUUCCUGUGGAGUUGUCCUGUGACUGCCCUGGGUGGUCCUGACUGUUCCCAUGGCAACACGGCCUCUGUGAUCUGCUCAGGAAACCAGACCCAGGUGCUGCCGAGGUGCAACGACUCCGUGUCUGAACCAGCAGGCUCUGUAGCCUCAGACAAGAGCGCCCCCUACUGCUCAGACAGCAGACAGCUCCGCCUGGUGGACGGGGGCGGUCCCUGCGCCGGGAGAGUGGAGAUCCUUGACCAGGGCUCCUGGGGCACCAUCUGUGAUGACGGCUGGGACCUGGACGAUGCCCGCGUGGUGUGCAGGCAGCUGGGCUGUGGAGAAGCCCUCAAUGCCACGGGGUCUGCUCACUUCGGGGCGGGAUCAGGACCCAUCUGGCUGAACGACUUGAACUGCACAGGAAAUGAGUCCCACGUGUGGAGGUGCCCUUCCCGAGGCUGGGGGCGUCACGACUGCAGACACAAGCAGGACGCGGGGGUCAUCUGCUCAGAGUUCCUGGCCCUCAGGAUGGUGAGCGAGGACCAACAGUGUGCUGGGUGGCUGGAAGUUUUCUACAACGGGACCUGGGGCAGUGUCUGCCGAAGCCCCAUGGAAGACAUCACCGUGUCCGUGAUCUGCAGACAGCUUGGCUGUGGGGACAGUGGAAGUCUCAACACUUCUGUUGCUCUUAGGGAAGGUUUUAGACCCCGGUGGGUAGAUGGAAUCCGGUGUCAGAACACGGAUACCUCUCUCUGGCAGUGUCCUUCUGACCCUUGGAAUUGCAGUUCAUGCUCUCCAAAGGAGGAAGCCUACAUCUCAUGUGCAGGCAGCAAACAGCUCCGCCUGGUGGACGGCGGCGGUUCCUGCUCCGGGAGAGUGGAGAUCCUUGACCAGGGCUCCUGGGGCACCAUCUGUGAUGACGGCUGGGACCUGGACGAUGCUCGCGUGGUGUGCAGGCAGCUGGGCUGUGGAGGAGCCCUCGAUGCCUUGAAAUUUGCUCAGUUAGGUCAGGGAUCAGGGCCCAUCUGGCUGGAUGAUCUGAACUGCGGAGGAAAGGAGUCCCACGUGUGGAGGUGCCCUUCCCGGGGCUGGGGGCGGCACGACUGUGAGCAUGCAGAGGAUGCUGGGGUCGUCUGCUCAGGAUUUGUGCGUCUGGCUGGAGGAGAAGGACCCUGCUCAGGGCGAGUAGAAGUGCAUUCUGGAGAAGACUGGACCCCAGUGUCUGAUGGGAACUUCACACUCCCCACUGCCCAGGUCAUCUGUGCAGAGCUGGGGUGCGGGAAGGCUGUGUCUGUGCUGGGACACGUGCCCUUCAGAGAGUCAGAGGGCCGGGUCUGGGCUGAAGAGUUCAGGUGUGAGGGGGAGGAGCCUGAGCUCCGGGUCUGCCCCAGAGUGCCCUGUCCAGGGGGCACGUGUCACCACAGUGGAGCUGCUCAGGUUGUCUGUUCAGUGUAUGCAGAAGUCCGGCUCAUGACAAAUGGCUCCUCUCGGUGUGAGGGGCAGGUGGAGAUGAACAUUUCUGGACGAUGGAGAGCGCUCUGUGCCUCCCACUGGAGUCUGGCCAACGCCAAUGUUGUCUGUCGUCAGCUCGGCUGUGGAGUCGCCAUCUCCACCCCUAGAGGACCACAUUUUGUAGAAGGAGGUGAUCAGAUCUCAACAGUCCGAUUUCACUGCUCAGGGGUAGAGUCCUUCCUGUGGAGUUGUCCUGUGGCUGCCCUGGGUGGUCUUGACUGUUCCCAUGGCAACACAGCCUAUGUGAUCUGCUCAGGAAACCAGACCCAGGUGCUGCCGAAGUGCAACGACUCCAUGUCUGAACCAGCAGACUCUGCAGCCUCAGAGGAGAGCGCCCUCUACUGCUCAGACAGCAGACAGCUCCGCCUGGUGGACGGGGGCGGUCCCUGCGCCGGGAGAGUGGAGAUCCUUGACCAGGGCUCCUGGGGCACCAUCUGUGAUGACGGCUGGGACCUGGACGAUGCCCGCGUGGUGUGCAGGCAGCUGGGCUGUGGAGACGCCCUCAAUGCCACGGGGUCUGCUCACUUCCGGGCGGGAUCAGGGCCCAUCUGGCUGGACGACCUGAAGUGCACAGGAAAGGAGUCUCACGUGUGGAGGUGCCCUUCCCGAGGCUGGGGGAGUCACGACUGCAGACAUAAGGAGGACGCGGGGGUCAUCUGCUCAGAGUUCCUGGCCCUCAGGAUGGUGAGCGAGGACCAGCAGUGUGCUGGGUGGCUGGAAGUUUUCUACAACGGGACCUGGGGCAGUGUCUGCCACAGCCCCAUGGAAGACAUCACCGUGUCCAUGAUCUGCAGACAGCUUGGCUGUGGGAACAGCGGAAGUCUCAACUCUUCUGUUGCUCUCAGGGAAGGCUCUAGACCCCGCUGGGUAGAUGGAAUCAAGUGUCGGAAAACUGACACCUCUCUCUGGCAGUGUCCUUCUGACCCUUGGAAUUACAACUCCUGCUCUCCCAAGGAGGAAGCCUAUGUCUCUUGUGCAGGAAAAACACCCAAGAGCUGUCCAACUGCUGCCCCCUGCACAGACAGAGACAAGCUCCGGCUCAGGGGAGGAGACAGCGAGUGCUCAGGGCGGGUGGAGGUCUGGCACGGCGGCUCCUGGGGCACCGUGUGCGAUGACUCCUGGAGCCUGGCAGAGGCCGAGGUGGUGUGUCAGCAGCUGGGCUGUGGCCCGGCCCUGGAAGCCGUGCGGGCCGCGGCGUUUGGCCCUGGAAAUGGGAGCAUCUGGCUGGACGAGGUGCGGUGCGGGGGCCGGGAGUCCUCCCUGUGGGACUGUGCUGCGGAUCCCUGGGGGCAGAGCGACUGCAAGCACGAGGAGGAUGCUGGUGUGAGGUGCUCUGGUGCAAGGACAACAUUGCCCCCAAAUAUAGCAGGGACCAGAACAACCUCAACUCCUCUCCCUGGCAUCUUCUCCCUGCCUGGGGUCCUCUGCCUCAUCCUGGGGGCCCUUCUCUUCCUGGUCCUCGUCAUCCUGGUGACUCAGGUGCUCAGAUGGAGAGCAGAGCGCAGAGCCUUAUCCAGCUAUGAAGAUGCUCUUGCUGAAGCCGUAUAUGAGGAUCUCGAUUAUCUUGUGACUCAGAAGGAGGGUCUUCUGGGCAGCCCAGGCUUCCUGUCAGAUGGUGAGGAAAAUGACUUCAGGUCCGCUCCAGCCCCAGAUCAGAGGACUGAUGCCCCUGGUGAGGAUUAUGAUGAUGCUGAAGAGGUACCAGUGCCUGGGGUUCCUCCUGCCUCUCAGGGUAGCGAAGAGGAAGUGCUCCCAGAGAAGGAAGAUGGGAUGAGGUCCUCUCAGACACGCUCUUCUCUAAACGUCUCUAGAGAAGAAGCUAAUCCUGGGGAAGGAGAAGAGAGACCCUGGCUGCUCCAGGGGGAGAAAGGGGACCCUGGGUACGAUGAUGUUGAAAUCAGUGUCCCAGGAACAUCCUCGGUGACUUUCUGGUGAUGUUGUAUUAAAUAUGAGAUGAAGCCUCAGAUAUUCUAAUUGCCUGUAUUUCAAUAGAGUA